AUGCGAGAUGUGACGUUUUGCGACGUGACACUGCGACCGUACGAAGGCGAAACUGUAGAAGCUCAUAGGUGCAUUCUCGCCGCUUGGUCACCAGUUUUUGCGAGAAUGUUCAGCAGUGGCUUUGAAGAAGUAAAGAAAGGCUCUGUCUACAUAGCAGAUACGGACGGCCCUACUUUAGAGAAGUUAGUUUCGUUCAUGUAUGCUGGAGAAUUACCUAUAACACGAGCCACCAUGCAGGAAGUUGACCUCCUUGUGGCAGCGGAUAAAUAUGAAGUUUCGGAGCUUAAGCAGCACCUCUGCUCGUCUCUGUGCGAGCUCCUGAAUGAUGAAAUCGAUUUUCCGGCCUUAAAAGUGGCUGAUAUGCAUGAUGUGCGUCCACUGCGACGAGCUUCGACUAAUUACAUACUCAACAAAAUGGAUCGGGCAGUGAGCUCCGUCAUUCUGAAGGCACGUCUACCCUUCUUCAAUGGCUCGUUGGACAUCAUUCACAGCGUCAAUAGCAUCAAGUAUCUGCCCAUGCUCGAGUUUGAAGAGAUGCUCUUUGAGUGGGACCGCGUGCUCAGAGUCAGCAUCAACAGCGUCAAGUACCUCCCCAUGCUCGAGUUUGAAGAGAUGCUCUUUGAGUGGGACCGCGUGCUCAGAGUCGGUGAGUUAUUACAUUGGCUGUUCUCCCGGCCAAUCGAGCGCUGCCAGCUGGACGCGGAGAAUCCCCUGGUGAUGCGGCAGCAGCUGCAGUGUGCUGCGGCGGAGCUGCCGCUGCUGGAGGAUGUGGAUUGGAGGUUCUUUGGCCCGUCAUUGGCCGAGAGGAUUGCUGAGCUGGCGGGGAAGGGCACACUCGGGAGGAGUCCGGAGAAUCCCGAGGUGGACCGUGGGUGGAGAUAUAUUGGGGCAGGGAAGCGGCCGGCGCUGUUUGUCCCGGUGCGGGCGAUCGACCCGAACAUGUAUGCGGUGGUGGAGGCGAGGAUUGGGAGGGUGCUGGAGGAGAUUGAAGAGAGCAAGGCAUUUUUUGUGCUAUACGAGGGUGCAGUUUACCUGCAGCAGGGGCGAACCUUCCUGGUGACUUCCCUGGAUCUGGACAAGCGGGAGGCACGGUGUGUGCGUGCAGAUGUGCGGUAUUACACCAAGACGAUUGACAUGGUCACCGUGACUAUAAAGGGGGGCACUCUGGCUUUUCCAUACCCACACAUGCCAUCAGCAAAGCCUGCUUCAGCUUCUGCUGAUAUGACGUCAGCACACACAGUGCUCAAAGAGGCGAUGACCUCAGCAGCACACGCAUCUGCACCUUCUGAGCCAAUGACGAAAGUGCACAUGGCAGCAGGCGGUGUGAUGACAUCAGCACAGAUGGCGCCGUGUGAGGUUACGACUCGGUGGAUUGGUUACCGCAAGAUGUGGCGCGGGUCAGGAGAGCCGUUUGAAACGGUGGAGAUGACACUGCCAGAUCAAAGCGACUCACUCAGGUCAUCUGUGCUUGGGAUACAAGUCAGGCUUCUUAAGGCCAAAUGCAAGGAUUCUGUGGCAAUGAUUCCUUGCUCUGUUCAUCCAGCAGGGGACACCCACGACGGGAGGUGUAUACGCCUGACACGUCAAGAAGGGAACAAGAAGGGGGACCAAGCUGUGGCCGUGAAAGCCGCCGGGACCCGCGUUGCAUUUUACGGGUGCACGUUCCUGGGGUACCAGGACACUCUGUACGCGGUAUCCGGACUCCAAUACUACAAGAAUUGUGUCAUCCAGGGCCGCGUGGACUUUGUUUUCGGCAAUGCCAAGGCCCUCUUUCACAACUGCAAGUUCAACCUGGUUUAUUGGGGUGGUGGUUACUUCGCACAGUCUCGCGAAAAGGGUGACGACACCGGUUACGUAAUUCUUGGUGGUUCCCUGAGUCCCCUCGGCCCGGGCCCGAUCAAGCCCGGUUAUUUGGCGCGCUCGUGGGGUAAAUACUCCACCACGAUUUUCGUGAACACUUAUUUUGCAGCAGGGUCAGUUCGCCCGGAGGGUUGGGGUUACGUGGAGGGUAACAAGAAGCUGCGGCAUGUUACUUUUGCAGUGUACGGGUGUUACGGGCCUGGUUACGACACCACGAAAUGGGAGGACACGGCGAAGAUUCUAAAGCCGGCAGAAGCAGCCCCGUACUCGAGCAUAAGUUAUGUAAACCAGGGAGGUUGGAUUACCGACCCUAAUGUGUUGGUGCGUGGCGUUGGAGGGAAGGUGAACAACAGCGGAGGUGAUGGGAUCAACGUCACUGCUGGCAAUGGCUCUGCUAAUAAUGCCUCUUCCUCCUCGCCGAAGCCAACCCCGCCACCCGCGUUGACCAGCAAAGAAGACAAGAAGAGCAAAGAUAAGCAGAGCAAAGAAGAGGAGAAGAGCAAGAAGCGGCAAAAGCGCAAGGAUGAUGAUGACUAG